AUGCCAUUUGCAUGUAACGAUGGAUUUCCCUUAAACGAACGUUUUCUUUGUAAUGACAAAAAGACAUGUUUAAAACCGAUGCAAUUAUGUAAUCAUGUGUACGAUUGCUUCGAUGGUGAAGAUGAAAGUGAAUAUUGGUGUGGAAAAAGACCUCCAAUUAAUUCCAGUAUUUGUAAAGAGAAAACCUGUGCUUGUCAAGAACAAGAUGAUUCAGGCCCAUGUAUACCGCAAGCAGAUUGCUGUCAUGCUAAGCGAGAAUCUUGUCGUCAUUCUCAUCGAGAUGAUCAUAUGUGUAUACAUCCACGCAAAUAUAAUCAGUUUCUCUUCGGAGAAAAAUACAUUCCAUUCUCACCCACUGAACCAAUUAACUCGACGGACGUACCUCCUUGGUACUGCGAUCGUGGUUUGAAGGUGUAUCGUUAUAGAAAGCCAACGUGUCUUUGCCCUCCAAGUUUUUAUGGUCAUCGAUGUGAGAAACAUAGUCAUCGACUAACUGCGGUGUUUACUUUGAAUAUUGAACUAAUCAAAGCAGAUCUGAUACGCAUUCAUGUGAGAUUAAAUAAUCAUCAUGAGACAAUUGAUCACAUACUUUUAACACAACAUCCAUCCUAUACAGGUAAACAUCGUCUCUAUUUAAACUAUCCUCGUUCUCAAUAUUCGGAUCUUCGACGAGCAUCAAAUCUACGCAAUGAAACAACUUCAUCAUCGUUCGUACGUAUUGUUCAAUUGAUCAGUUACGAUCUGGUGAAAAUGCAACUUCAUAUUCAACGACAACACUUAUUGUCAACAAGUUCCGGAAGUAUAUUUUACAACGAUUUACAAUUACGUCCGAUUGGCUUGUUGAAAGAAUAUGAACUAUCAUCUUCCAAUAUCUAUUUAUCAUAUUUUGGUCAGAAUUAUUCGAACAUUUCUUUGCAUGAACGAAAUAAAACUAAGUGUGCACAUGCAAAAGAAUUUAAUUUAAUUCCAAAGAGUUAUUCUCAUGAGGAUCUAUUACUUACUAUGAAACGUUAUCAUCGUCCCUGUCAAGAAUUACACGAGAGAAAAACUGUCUGUUUCUAUGAUCCUCACAUGUACUUUUGUUUUUUCUAUUCAAUUGACAGCUAUUACUAG